GGGCCAAAGAUUCAAUCACCAUUGUGUUACCUCAUUUGGCAAUAGAUUGUGAUCUACAUCCAAAAAGAUUUAAAUGAAAAUAUUAUUUCAAACCUGUUACCUGUGAUCUUGCAACAUUAAAUAAAUGCAAUUUUUUUUUAGCUAUUGUGCGGGUUUCUCCACGCUCCGCUACUGGGCCGCAUAUUCAAGAAAAAAUGCUUCGAGUGAUCAAUUAGUCUCUAAUUCUAACAGAUGAGUUGCCCUCUGUCGUCACUUUUCUGUGUAUGGAUCAGAAGAAAUGGCUCACAAAACGUGAAAAUACAUUAUGUCCAAGAUCCAGGAGUCCACAUCUGUGCAGUGGGCACACGUUGAGGUCACUGUGCUGUUGCUGAUUGGCCAUCUUGAGUGAUUUGUCCACACAUGGGCAGUGGGCGUUGAUGACGGAGGCGCAUAAGCCCCUUUGCCCUCUUGAGAUGCUGCUGUGAUCGUGGUUCAAAGGCCAGGCCAGUCAUGCUUUGCUCUCCUCAAUCUCCUUAUUCAGUUUGUGACGCUCCCUGCCCCCUCUCAUCCAGAUCUGCAUUCCACCCAUGCCCACCCAGUUCACGUCUCGGCCUGACACUGGAGGCCUGCAGGCAAAGGCACGCCCAGAUAAACAAAAGCCGCAGUGUUGUGCCAGUGUGGGAUGAGCAGCUCGAAUUAGGUGCGCCCUCCAAGAAUCAGGGCCACAGUGUUGAGAACUCGCACGUAGUGAAUGUAUGUAACGUUAUGAAAACAUUGCUACAUUCUGCCUAACAGAGCCAAAUAGACUCAUCACUCGUUGAAUGUUCAUUUCAUUCUCUGUUGAAAUGUCUCUUGCACAAUAGAUUGUAUUGAAACUGGCCCUUUCAGAGCACAGGAUAACAUGUUUACUGAAUGUCACAAUGUUUACUCCCAUUCUUAUAAUAUAAAAUAUUGACAGCUUAAAUGCAUAGAUUACAGAAAAAAAUGUGAAAUAUUUUAGGCAUCCAAACUAUUGCGUGACAAUCCAGGCUGUGUUGGUUGCUCAGUUUGUUUAGAUAAUUGUUAAAUGUGUGGUACAACAAGCAAUAGUAGUUUUGUCUGUCUACAUUUCUCCUUUAGCGUGUGUCCACACCGCUUGCUUAAUAAGCAUUAUUUACAAUACAGAUACAGAGUGGUCUUGAUCAAGUGGUACAAUUAGAGCCUUUGUGCUUUGGCUUUCUGUAUUUGUUCUUCUUUAUGCUUUUUUCCACCCAACCUAUCGGCUUACAGCUCAGACUCCAGUGUCUCCACUCAAUAGCCCUCUGUAUGUAGACACAGAAUGGGGACUGUACAGCCUCUCUCCUCCCCUCCCUUUUUGUCUUUCUUCACACUGAAUAUCAAGUGCAUGUCCCCUGACAGACCCCCUGACGUCACAGAUGGCUAGAUGAGCCUCCCUGCAGAGCUUUAAUCAGCUAGAUCAGGUUUUAGAAUUGAAAGUCGAGGGGGAGGUGGCAGGUGGCCCAAGGCAUCAGGUGUGCGUGUGGAGAGUUAGCAACCAGAUGAAUAAGCUCUGUAGCACUGGGCAUGGGAUAGGGGAAGUACGGGACUGUGCUGCAGAAUGUGCAUGUUGGGAUCUGACAUAAUAGUGUGGGGAGAGAUCAACUUUGAUUGAAAAGAAGAGGACAAUGCAGUUGGAUAACAAACUAUUUUAGUUUCACUUUGGAUUCAUGUAUGAGGAGUGGAUUCUGAUGGCAGAGAGAAAGAGCUCUCACAUGGCUCCUUAAUAGACUCUUCAUAGAGUCCAAACAAAGAGCAGACUGACUUUUUAGCUGUGUUUGGUAAUCCUUGAUUCUGCUGGACCAUGGCCGUCAAGCAAGGUAGGCAGUGGAGGUCCAUGUGCAAAGGCCUGGUCCUGGGUACCCUCCUGACCAGCUGCAUGAUCCUGCUGUACUGCCUCUCCACUCCCCAGAUCCACCUCAGUCUGCCUGAAGUUCCAGUGCCUUACUCCUGUGCCCAUCGUCCAUCCCAGCUCCACCCCAAACCAACCAAAAACAGCUCACAACAAACCCCGGGUCAGACCUGCGCUCCUAGGGUGGAUAUCAUGUUCAUGAAGACCCACAAAACAGCCAGCAGCACCUUCCUCAACAUCCUUUUUCGCUUUGGGGAGAAGCACCGGCUCAAAUUUGCCUUCCCUGACAGCAGAAAUGACUUCUUCUAUCCAUCUCUUUUCCAGCGCUCCCAGGUUAAAGACUACAGACCUGGGAUGUGCUUCAAUAUUAUCUGUAAUCACAUGCGCCUUAAUGCACCCGAGGUGGCCAAGUUGCUACCUAUGGACACUUCCUACAUCACUAUUCUGCGAGACCCUGCAGAGCUUUUUGAGUCAUCCUUCCACUAUUUUGGCCGGCUGGUGCCUUUUACCUGGAAGAUACCAGGUGAAGAUAAGCUGACUGAGUUUCUACGUGACCCCCAUUACUACUUUGAUCCACAGGGCUUCAACUCUUUCUACCUCAAGAAUCUGCUGUUCUUUGACUUUGGACAGGACAACACUUUGGAGCUGGAUGAUCCGCAGGUAGAAGAGGUAAUCAGAUUCAUUGCUGAGCGUUUUCAGCUGGUCAUGUUGGUGGAAUACUUUGAGGAAUCACUCAUCCUUCUCAAGGAUGCCCUCUGCUGGGAGUUGGACGACGUGCUCUUUUUCAAGCUUAACGCCCGUAAGGGAUCCACUGUGUCUAAACUCACAACUGAGCUGAGGGCCCGGGCUCUUGAGUGGAAUGCUAUUGACUGGAAGCUAUACCAGCAUUUCAACCAGACCUUUUGGAAAAAAGUAGAUGCAUAUGGACGGCGGCAGAUGGUUGAGGAUGUGGCAGAGCUCAGGAGAAGGAACACGGAGAUGGCAUCCAUCUGCAUUGAGGGUGGUCGUGCUGUAGAAGCUGGCAACAUCCAAGAGACUGCCAUGCAGCCCUGGCAGCCCAUCGGACAGAAGUCCAUCAUGGGCUAUAACCUGAAGAAGAAUGUGGACAAGGCACAUCAAAAGUUGUGCCGAAAGAUGUUGAUGCCAGAGCUUCAGUACUUAACAGAGCUUGGGGUUAACCUGUGGAUCACUAAGUUGUGGGGCCAUGUCCGAGAUAUCCUUAACUGGUGACUAGACAUGUCAGCAAGGGGGCCAACUUAACUCUGACAGACUGUAUUGAAAGAAGAUGAAUCUGACUGUGUGGCUGAUAGAGUGAAAGAUUAAAAGAUUUCUGUAACAUUUCAAUCCUAUGACCGGUCUUGUGUUGUUGAAAUGUAUCAACAUUGAAUUGUUUGCUUUUCACAUGAUUGUGUGCUGUAAUGUAUCUGAUGGAUGUUUGAGAAAAACCCUUCACAAUCUACAAAUACUGAACCACUUUCCUAAACACAGGCCUAGUAUUGUCCUCUAUGUUUGUUAGUCAAUUUUCCAAAAUGUAAAUGUUCUUACUCUCAGAUGUGAGCUUGUUUUAAUAGAGCAGAUGAGUGAACAAUGAAGUCUGGGACUACUUUUAUAAGCUCUUUAAUGGAAUAAAGACAAAAAUGUUUCCAUCCUUGCCAACUUUAAAGGUUGUUUGGAGACACAGAAAGAAUGGUACUUUGCUUUGAGCUUUAUAUUGUCUUUGUGUCCAUCCCCCAAAGUUGAAACAUCUAAGUUCUAAGAGACUAAAAGACCACUAAGGGCCAACGUACAGAUGUGAAAAUAGUGAAUGUAAGUAUUACAUCCUACUCCGUCUGUGGAGGACAAAACCAUCCAUAUUUUUUUUUUAAAUAGGUGAACAAACACAGAUGUUUCCAAUGGCAAACAUGUUCACAUUCACAAGGAAACAAUCAUUUUGUCCCUACAGCUAGCCAUCAUUUUUGUUACUAAUUACACCUGUGCAGUAACAUGUCAAAAUGUCUGUCAUGAAAUAGGUCUGAUCAAUAAUAUGUAAAAGGAAUCAAUGAAUUAGAACAGCACUAUGCAUUCAAGAAGAAAAAUAAUGUCCUUAUUCAUUUACUUUUCUUACCCAUCUUUUCAAUUUUAAGCCAAUUCUCCUUUCUCCUGACAUCACAGUAUUAAACCUGGAAACAUUCACCCUUGCCAGAUGUUUUGGCAGGUAUAGAUUGAUGAUGUGGUUGACUAGUGAGCCAAAGAAAGUUCAUUAUCAGUUAAGUAAAUCCUAUCAAGAAAGCUACUACGGCAAUACCUAACAGUGUUAACACCUGUGUUUACACAACAGUUGUUAUGGUAAACAAAAACUGAAAUGAAAAUGAAAAUAAGCAGUGAAAAAUAUAGUUAUUAAGCUGAAACUAAAUAACUAAACAAAAACUGAUGAAAACAAAUGUAAAAACAUUUCCAUUUUUAGUUUUUUAGCUUUAAUAUUCCACUGCCAAAAAAAGGAGACGUCAUGAAUUUCCGUUGACUCUCGUAACAUUGAACCACAGAAAUUGAACAGACCAAACUAAACAAAAAUAAAAGCUAGUGUGUCCAAACUACUGCAACCUUAGUUUAUACUACAUCAAAAAUUAGCCCGCAGAAAUAAACACAGUAGAAUAAAGGGAAUUGAAUCAAGAAAUACAUCAAUGUUUUUCUUGAUAAGGAAUUGUACUACUCAUUUAUUUCUUAAUUUGUGUCACACACAGACACACACACACACACACACACACACACACACACACUCACACACACACACACACACACACACAUUUUAUAUUUCUAUGCAAUUAAUAUUUUGUUUAUGAUUUUGCAUUUAAUAAUGGAUUCAGUUAUACAUUUAUAUAAAUGUAGUGUAAUGAUUUUGUCCUCCAUACACCUCCCCAUUAUUAUUUUUUUUAUCUCAAAAUAAAGUAAAACAAAUACAUGUAAUAUUGCAUGUAUUAGCCUAAACGUUCUGAUUCAUAAAAUUGAUAGUUUACUUUCUAUCUGUGACUGUUUCAUCUGUUUCUUAUUACUGUAUUAUAAUAAUUACCAAGAUUGUUCUUGUUUAAUAGUGUUUGAAUGUAUAUAUGACGUCCCAACAUUUUUGAAUAAGUUGGAAAAAUAUUUCAUUAUAAAACGAUGGACCCACCACCAAUUCUAAAGAAGGUAAACGUGUUGGCAGGGGCCAUUGGGAAUAAACAAAUGUAAGAGGAUUGUCCUGUUAAAAUGAAUUUGGGAUGCAGAAAAUACACCCAAGUGGCAAACACGGAUACGUUCUCUAAAGGUCAUUUAAAGCUUUAAAUAACCUUCAGGGAACCUUGAGGCAACAUUCUCUGAAUGUUACAUGUUUGUUCGGUCCCUCCUCUCGAUUCAUUGAUGGCACAAACAUAGGAAUGUGCACAGUGAAGCCUAGUGGUAGCACUGGUCAUAUUACAAGCAGACACAGAUUCGAAGUAGUUGAUGUUAUUGAAUGGUAUAAACAGUGCAUCAUCAUG